AUGCAUAAACGAGCUGCUGAACCUCAGCUUUCGGACGGAAGCCCUUCCAAGAAGCAAAACAUUGGGAAUGUAAACGAUUCUGCCACGCUAACAUCCCAAAAUUUCGUGGCGGAUGAUUCUCAAAUAGCUGUUUCAGUAGGGCAAGAAGACAUGGUCGACUUUAAGGAUAAUGGCUCAGCUCUGCCCAAUGACAUGCAGGAUAUUGCAGAUGAUGAAGACGUUGAAGGUACAUCUGCAAAGAACAAGACUAACACGGAAUGCAAGACUUCCAACAGCAAGUCAAAAAGGACAAAGAAACCCCCAGUUGGCGAUGGCUUCGCAAUUUUCACCCACAAUACUGUAAUCCCUCCAGCCAACCCCUUCUGGGGCAUCAAGCCCCUGCCUGGCGAUCCACGCCCCGACCCCAUCCAGCCUUCAGCCCGAGAAAGCAAUGGCCAAACCAAUCCACCCCUAUGGGAAGACCGGGGCUACCGCUACAAGCGCGGCUCUCGCUACGUCAAAUACUUUGGUCCCAUCCCCCCAUCCGACAUCGACUCCCUGGACGAAACCCUGGACCAAGAAGCCCUACACAUUGUAAAACUGAUCGACAUGCGUCCCAAGAGCAAAAAGGACCCAAUGCCAAAACGAAAGCCAACGAUAUACUGCUACGGAAAAACACCCAAGGACUGGAACAACAUGCAAACUAUCAAGGCCCUAAACGACCGCCGCUACCAAGCCAUCGACCGCACGACAAUGGAUCAUCCCUGGCAACGCAUCGAGCGCGAGUACCUAGCCUCACUAUUGCAAAACAUGCCCGACGCCUCUAUCUGGGAGCUGACGGAGCGCCACAACGCGCGCUUCAUGGGGCAAGACUUCACCGAAGCUACGGGAUUCGGCUUCGCGAACCUGUCUUCCGGGCGAACAGUCGAGAGCGUCCGAUACGAAUACAUGACGAACAAGUCGCUCUAUGAUGCGGGUAAGGUACCUGAAGCGAUACGGUGGCGCAGCGAUCCAUCCGUGGAGGGGAAAGCAGUGAAGGAGAGUGGGCGGGCUGAGCGGGCAUUUGGGAAGCCGAGUCGGGCGCUGGAAAUGGCGCAUGAUGUUGCAAUCGGGCGAGGAGAAGAAGAAGAAGAAGAAGAAGAAGAAGACGACGAAGAGGAAGCGAAUUCAACUUCGUCAAGCAGAAAUGGCAGAACGGUUGAUCCAUUUGAAGGACAGGAGAGGCUGGAUGACGAUGAAGAAAUGUUGCUUGAGUUAGCCGGUGCAUACGGCACCGACAUGUCCUCACAGCCAAUACGUCUAGGUACAUAUCGCGAUCUCCCUACUCAAAACGGCACCAAAACCACUACCACCACCACCGCCGUCACAGCACCAAUCCAACGACUCCUCAUGACGAAGACGCAAACACACGAAAAAGACACUGCUCUCUCCCUCGCGCAAGCUACUCACCCCGCGUCUAGACAGGGCAGUACACCCCCUUCUCCCUCCGCGCAAGACGUCCACACACAAAACGACUCAUUGCUGCCCACUGAGCCUCCCGCCCCGCAACGCCGCACCUCGCUCCACGCGAUGCGCAAGAUGGACAUUGAUGAGAACUACAGUGACGAGGACAAUGUAUGA